AUGAGCUGUGACUGGCUCAUUACAGUACCAGAAGGGAACAUUGUAAAACUCAGCUUCGAGCUAUUCGAUAUGGAGUCUGUGGGUGCAGGUUUUCCUUUAUGGCGUUGCGAUGGUGAUUAUGUAGAGGUACUUGAAGGGAACAGAAGUGACAGUAAGGCCAAAGGAAAGUUGUGUGGUGAGUCAAAUCCAGGGAUAAUCCGCUCGAGAAGUCGGUACAUGCUGGUGCGAUUCAGAUCAGAUUCCUCCCACUCCUCGUAUCGAUAUCACAAAGGAUUUAAGGCUGAUUUCACAGCAGAGAAUAAGCUAAGUAAGUCAAUAAGUGUACAACUAUGGAAAUUAAGCCAUUGUGGAUGAAGGAGGCUAGUUUUUUUGUUUUUGUUUAGUCAACAUAAGAUAUCUCCUCUCUUGAGUAGAGAAUUUUUUCUUCAAAGCACUUUAUUGUUUUUUCUUAAACGAGGUAUAUUUCUUGAGGGAAAAUUCCUUGCAUUUGCCCUAUUUUCAGGUUGAUGGUAGGGUGGUUUCUCCUCUCUAGAGAGAUUUCACCACCUUAGCAGAAGUCAUCAUCAGAGCCAGGUGAAGUAUCGUUGUCCGUUGAGUUUCAUGAGUCUGGUUCUUGUGAACUGAUUGGUCAAUUUUGCCGUGAUCUUAUUGGUUGUAAGACUCAAAUGGCGUUAGGUUGAUGUGAUUGGUCAGCUUGUGCUGUCGGUAAUAUUUGGUCGUUCUAUUGAUUUUAUUUGUAUUGUAGUCGUUGACAUUUGGCGUGGGAUUCUGUUCCAAAGGAGUGAACUAGCUUUCCAGAGACUUUCAUUUAUAGCCGGGGUUACAGCAUUGCACUCUGAAACAUUAGUCAGUAUUAUGAACAAUGGUCCUUCUCAGGACUUCUCUCACAUUGUUACUCUUGGGUGCAAACCAUUCGUUGUAUUUGUACUUUUUAGUUUGUCCUUACUACGGUGAAGCACUUGCUGCUUCUAUAUCAGAUAAGAAGACACUGACGAGUCCAGGCUAUCCUCUCUUGCCUCCUGCCAGUUUGUUGCCAUGGAGGUGCAGAUGGAUACUCAAAGUACCGGAUGACCUUUCCACUGGUGGAGCAUAUGUAUUGAAAGUUACUUUUAAUCACUUCAAUCUCUGAAAAAGGUUUUGAUAGACUCACUUUUUUUAUGAUGGUAUCAAUUCAGCAUCAACGCGUCUUGGAGAAUCAUAUUCCGGAACGGUCCAUCCUGAUGUGAUUUAUUCCACAGGCAUCCACAUGUUUGUUGAUUUUUCUGUGGAAGAAAAAUGGUAUUUGGAAGCAGGCAGUUUUAGUUUAAACUUUUCAGCCGUGGUCAGAGGUAACGUUAUUUGGGCAUUCUUGGCUUUACUCUGA